AAGCAGAUGUACAUGGAAGGACAGGAAGGGAUGGCAGGCUCAUUUGAGAAUCAUCAUCAGCCUGUGAAUUGGCUCUCUCACAACACCACCCAACAACAAAACAACUCAGUCCAGGUCUACCUUGGCUCUGACCACAUGAUCUCUUUGAGUAGGGAUCAAGCACACUCCAUGUACGAGGCGUUAUCACAACAACAGGCGGGUAUAUCAAUGGAGCCCCACCUCAGCGAUUGCCACGUAAGCACUUCUAUGAAGAGUGAUAGCCAAUUGCAGAGUGACACGUGUCAUGAAGACUACGUAUCACUCAACCGGAACGUGCCAGAAUGGCAGCACCACCACGCUUACAGCGCCCAAGAGCUCAUGUCCGCCCUCAUCCCAACCUCUUAUUCUUCUAUAAUUCAGUCGGGCCAAGCGAUAGUGGAGCAUGAAUCACAGCCGUUGAUGCAGCCUCAGCAGGAGCAGGCACGACGCCAUGCGGCAGAGGAGGGAGUCUAUGAAACCCAGCUGCCCCAGUUGGACGUCUGAUUUUUUUUCUUUUCUUGUUUAUCUUGUGAUAUAUGUGUUUUUUUAUUGUAAUAUGUCGUACAAUUUAGCGAUAAUACAGAGUUCGGAGAAUCGAACAAGGAGAUAUUUUUU